GAGGAGCUUUUGAAUGCAUGAAAUUAAUAUAAUUAUGAUUUGGAAUUAUGCUUUGGAUGUUUCACCUAUCUGGUUUUACAACAUCAUCAAUCCUGAAUGAUUACAGUAGUUCACAUUCACAAACAUCUAACAUUGAUCAGUUUUGGUAUUGUCAAUUUGAAUCGCCCAUACUUAUUGUGCAAAUUGAGUUUUUUGUAAAAGAUUUUCAAUGUUUGCGUAGUUAGCAACAUAACAACAAAAUGCUGCAUGAUGUCAAAGGUACAGAAAUGUGCUUUUGGUUUAUAAGGUCUUUUAAAGAUGGCAGUAGUGAGGAACUACAAAACAGCUCAGGCCCUUGCAAAUUAAAUCUUUGUUCAUGAGUGAAGUUUAACUAAUCAUCCAGGAAUCAUAUUGUAAAAUCAUUUUUGUGACUAUUUUAUGUAUUUCUAUUUCCACUGUUUCUUUCAUGUUUGACAUUUAUUUUUGCUAUUUCAAAGUAAAAAACAAGAAAAAUAUAAUCAGAUAAUAGAUGCCUUGGCAACACUUGUUUAUAGCAACCAAAAUAUCAAUAAGCUUCACCGCUAACAUUAGCUUUUAUAAAGUUUAGAUGUAAAGUUUAUCAAAUUUUAUAUUAGCACGAUAUAUUAUUGAUCUGAGGCUAUUAUAGGUUUGAGGCUAUCUCAAGGUCAUCUCCCUUAGCAACCAGGUAGCAUAAGGACUCCAGGUAAAGAUGCCUCAAAUAACAGGUCGAGAUUGGGGCAAUUAUCCUUAUUCCCAGUAUAACAUCUUUAAGGGACGUCAGGAAUUAUCACAACCCAGGACUGUAUGGCGGGAAUUGAAUGAUGAUUUCAACCAUGACGGCUGCGUUUUCCAACGUACCAAUGGGCACAGAGGAUUUUAUGUAGUUCAUCCUGAUUGGCUAUCGGAAUCAGUCAACACUCCACGCUUUGAGGGCCGCAAUCGCAACCCCUGGCCCUGGGAGGUCCAAGGUGCUAAAGGCUAUCAUGAACCUAGAUACGAUAUGCCCAAAACAGCAUGGGGCGAUUCACUUACAUACCCAGAGGCAACUGCGAGUACGAAAUAUUGGCAGAAUAUGCCACGUGAUCCCACACGAUCACAUGGUAGUUCAGUUUCACGCUAUAACCCCAGGACACAGAGAGGUGUGAUUGAAGAGACUCUAACCCCUCUCCCUGGAAAUUGGCACGCCCCUAGUAGGCUCCAUAAACCUAUUGACCAGCCAAGGGGAACACACAGAACAUUCCCAGAAACCAUAGUUACUGGCAGGAUGGACAAUAAGUUCAGUCCAUCAUGGUACCCAGGCUACUAUUAACAAUUGAAAGUAAUCAAAUAUGAUAGCUAUCAAAUGUGAUGAUAAUGUUUCAAUGGUCAUCAAACUUGGUAGCUAUUAAAUGUGAUAUGCUUUAAAAUGGUGGUCACCUGGUCAUCAAAUAUAAUAGCUAUCAAAUCUGACAUGUUUCGAAUCAUCAAUUAUGAUAGCUGUUAAAUGUGACUUAUUUCAAAUUCGGUAGAAGUCAGAUUAAGGACAUCUAACAUAUGAUGGUAGUCCAAUCUGACUGUCAUAAUAUUAUGGUAGCCAUCAAAUGUGACGAAUGUCAAAUAUGCAGGUCGGAAACUAUGACAGUUAUGAUUGUCUUGAAUAAGCUUAUAUCAAAUUGUCCAUUCUAAAGGUUAUCAAGUAUGAUCACUAUCAAAUGUAUUUGGUUUUCAUAUGUCAUGAUCAUUAAGUAUUUA